AUGGACACAGUUUACAGAUAUGGAAUCAAUGUUAUAACGGGCAAACCCGAAGUGCUCGAGACCUGUCGUAAAUUUAUAGUAUCUUUCUUGAUCAAAGGUAUAGACGUAAUUGAGGAGGGUGAGUUCACUCACAUGGUAGCCCUGGGCACACAAACUACUACUGACUUCUUCCUGACGUGCGGCGGCACGCUGAUUUCACAUAGCUGGGUACUUACCGCUGCGCACUGCACUCAUGGACCAAGCGGCGGUCCAACUGUCGCGAGGAUAGGUUUCCGCAAUUUGAUGGGCCAUGAUACAGACUUCGGCACCACAGUUCUCGUGAAAGAUACAAUAACACAUCCGGAUUACAAUCCACCUACGUUGUAUGCGGACAUAGCUCUUAUGCAGCUGACGGACGCUGUCACGUUUAACUCAGCCAUACGACCCGCGUGUCUUUAUCACCAAUACGAUAUCGUUCCUAAAAAUACUCCGGUUUGGGUUAGCGGCUGGGGCACCAUGGAACUAGCCGGAGAGCCGAACAAUCGGUUGCAGAAGGCCUCGCUGAAUCUAAUAGACAAUGCGUCAUGUGCAAAACGACAUAAUGGUACCUUAGAAGUUCCGUACGGUAUCACAUCGAAUAUGAUUUGCGCUGGAGAUAUAAAAAAUAACUGGACCACGGAUACUUGCGAAGGAGAUUCCGGUGGUCCUCUGCAAAUAAAACAUACUGAAAGCAAAUGUCUCUACAAAGUGAUCGGUAUCACCAGUUUCGGUCAUAGUUACGGACUCGGGAUCGAAUUUCCUGGUGUUUAUACCAGAGUGUCUGAAUAUCUUUCGUGGAUAGAAAGUAUUGUCUGGCCGCAAAAAUAAUUGCAAUUUAUUCGAUUUUUACAAAGGAUACAAAAAAAUAUCCUUCAUUAAUUUGACUAAGUUAAAUCUCUUACAUAAUUAUCAGUAAUAAAUCUCUUACAUAAUUAUUAAACUAUUCAGUCAAAUUAAUAGACUGAGAAUUUUUAUGGUAUUUAGAAAUUUUUCUCCAUUAAUUUUGCAACGUGAUAUUCAUUUACUAUGUAAGAAUAAUUUUAUAAUUUCAGAAAAGUUCACUUGCUCCAAUUAUUGCCUGUCGAGAGA